AUGCAUUAUACACCAAUACAAUAUAGUGAAAUAUUUACGAAAGAAAAAUCAGUCUUAUUAAUAUCUGGAAUAGCUGGUAUUGGGAAAACAUGGUUGCUUAGAAAAUGUUUGCUUGAUUGGUCAAAUGGUUUAAUUUGGAAAAAUAUUGAACUUGUUUUUUAUUUGGAAUGCAGGAGACUUAAUCAAUAUUCAAAUAUUUCAAAUAUAUAUGAAUUACUAAAUGUUUUCUACAAAGAUAUUGUAAACUUUAACAUAAGCAGUCAUACUGCACUGUUUAUAAUUGAUGGAUUAGAUGAGUUUCAAUAUUUCAACGAGUUAUUAAAUCCAAGUUUGACUUGUAACUACCCGAUUGUUAAUGUUUUAGCAGAAAUUCUAAAGUACAAUCAUGUAAUUGCUGGUAGAGUUUAUGCAAUAGAUCAAUACCAAAGUAUAUCUACAGAAUAUAGUGAUAAGUUGACUGUUCAAAUAAUGGGGUUUAAUGAAAAUGGAAUUAAUAAUUAUGUAGAAAACCAUGUUAUGGAAGAAAAAAAAAAAGUUAUAAAAACAAUUUUAAAGGAAUCUCCAAUUGCAAAAGCAAUGGCAUCUAUUCCUUUUUAUUUAUCUUCCAUGUGUAAAAUCAUAAAUGAUUCAAAAGAUAUGGGUUUAAAUUCUUUUUUAACAAUGACAGAUUUGUAUGCAAAUAUUUUUUUGUACUUUAUACGAAAACACAUUUUUAAAAACAACAAAUUCGUAUAUGAGAUUAUAGAAGACAGCUCCAAUAAAAAGUAUAUUUUAAAUAUUUGUAAAAUUGCAUAUAAAAUGUUUGUGAACAAUAAAAUAGUUUUUUCCAAAAAAGAGAUUCAUGCUUUUAUAGGUGACUUUGAUAAAAAUGAAGAUAAGUAUUUUGGAUUUAUAGAAAAGAUUGAAACAGAUCUUGGUAGUUAUUAUCAAUUCGCACAUUUGACAAUAAUGGAGUUUUGUGCAUCUGUGUAUGCAUAUAAUUGUUUAAGUAGUGAUGAGAUUAUGGUCAAUAAGAGUCUGAAGAGUUGUUUAUCAAUGAUUUGUGGAUUAGCCAAUAAAAACCAAAACAGUUUAAUAAUGUUUCUUGGUAACCUGAAUCCUUCAAAAAAAUCCCAUGAAGAAUCUUUAAUUUUGUAUUCUGUUUUGGAUCGUCUAAGUAAAAGUGAUUACUAUAAAGAUUACAAAUUAUUCAUUGAAUGUUUUUAUGAAAGUCAAUCAUCAUUUAAUGAUGAAAUUAAAUCAAUUGUUUUUCGACGAUCAAUUGUUGAUGAACGAGGAGAGAAAGUUGUGGAUUUCGAUUCACGAUGGAAUAACUUCUUACUUUACUUCUUGCGAAAAUUAUUUCAUAAAUCAUUACGUAAAAUCUGGAAGAAAGUUAUCGAGAUGGAUGGAAACCAAAAGAUAAGAUUGAAGAGUUGACGAUAUGGAUCCCAAAUUAUUUAAUAACAAAAAAAGAUUUUGAAGAAAAUUUUCUUCCGUGGAUUAAUCUCUGUGAAAACUUAUAUCUUUCACUUCACCACGACAUUGAUUUUAUUAAUGAAUUUUAUGAAUGGAUUCGUUGUUCGAAUGUCAAGAAGUUUUGUAUCGUGUACCGUGGAAAAUAUUUUAAAAACCUCGAUGAAUUAGAAAACUUUACAAUACUUUAAAAUAUUUAAUACCUUAAAUAUAUUAAAUAAAAACAAUAACUAUAAAUAACUAAUGAAA